CACGGGCUAAUCUUCAAGCCAUGGGCCACAGGCUGUUGUUCCCAUUUCCCAGCCCGAGACUGAGUAAAGAAAUCUGAGAACGUCCCCUAGAACGUCUCUUCGAAGUUCUACUCUCUCUCUAUCUCUCUCUCCCUUUCUCUCCCAAGCUAGCCAUGGCUGACACCCAUACCAAACAAGCCUUAAUUUUCACAUACGGAACUCUCAAACGGGAUUUCCCCAACUACACUCUUAUUCAAGACCUAAUCCUCCAGAAUGACGCUGCCUAUCUCGGCACCUGCAUCACUCACCAACCAUAUCCUCUCGUUAUUGGUCCUUACGGGAUCCCGUACCUAAUUAACCUCCCCGGCGCCGGCCACCUUGUCAAUGGCGAACUCUACUGCGUGUCAAUUAGGGGAUUGGCCCGACUUGACGAAUUGGAGGGUACGAAUGAUGGACACUACGAGAGGCUUCCGAUUCAGGUGACAAAAAAAGAAAACGACGGAGAAGGAAACGGCAUCGUUUUAUUGGAGGCAGAAGCGUACUAUGCGCAUAGGAAUUUCAGCGAGAGGCUAUGGGAGAAGAGAAGGGGAGUGGGGUUAAGCGAGUACAGCCAAAGAAAUGCUGAAGAGUAUGUGAAAAAGGAAAAUAGAGCUAAGUAUGUUAGCAUUGUUGACGAUAUAGAGAUGCUUUUGUCUAAAUCUAUAGAAAUUGGGAAUUAAUCUUGGCAUCUCUAUAGCACCUGCAAGUCUGAUGUUCGAUGCAUCUAUUUAUUUGAAUAAAAGCUCGAAUUUCUUUAA